AUGGGCAACAGCAGCAGCAACGCCCGGCGCCGAGCGUCGUCCGCGCGGAGGCGCGCCGAGUCCACGCCGCAGAUGUCGCCUGUCCCGACGACCGAGCCGCCAGCGCGCGACCGCCCGGCGUCGCAGCGCCGUUCGCUGACCGACCUUCCGACGACGCAAGGUGGCAUCGAGCGUGGUCAAGAGGCGGUCGAGGACGCGACCGAUCAGCUCGGGUACUGGUCGCUGCUGCGCCAUGGCUACGAGAGCUUGGUGAAUCUCAUCAUCCGGCCGCCGCGGGCGCAGUACGAC